UGCAAUUUUGAAGUCUAAAUAGUGCUUCCGGGCCAGCGGGCCAUUUAAAAUGUCGAGCCCUGCCUUAGGCAUCUCACUGAGUAACUAAACUACUACUGAGUAACUAAACUACUAUAAAAUAUAAAUACAAAAUGAAUGAUGAUUUAUUAUUAUGGAUAAGCUAUCUGACCAAUAUGAUAAGUCAACCCCUUAGCAAAUAUCACUAAAUGGGAAAAAAGGGGGAAUUAGUUUUACAACCUGGCAACCCGGGUGCCUCAUUAGGGGCUUUUGGCAUACAUUGAACUGCAGUGUGUGUGUGUGUGUGUGUGUGUGUGUGUGUGUGUGUGUGUGUGUGUGUGUGUGUGUGUGUGUGUGCGCGCGCGCGUGCCCAUUCCUUGAGUUGUUCUGUGAAUCCUCUGGUGAGCCAGCCGCAACCUAAAAAAGAGGUAGAAACAGUCCGUUAGUUUUUCAAGGAUGCAACAUGUAUUCAAUAUUUCAGAUUACUCUGUUUCUUGGAAUUCAUUUGGUGGAAAGAAAGUUGUGAGAAUCAAACCUGAAUAAUACCACUGCAUACCACGAUAGGAUUCUACAUUUGUAUCCUAAAACAUCAUCUUGAUGUAAUUACAAGAUGAAUUGUCUCUUGUUUAUCUAGCUGGGUAGUUCUUCAGGGAAACACUCCACAUGCAUGUGGGCAGCUGCUGUGGCUGCUGGGACACACCGCAGACACACUCCUCCCUCUGCUGGACACAUACUAGUGGUGCAUCAUUAGUGUAUUUCCCUUGUGGUCAAACCACCACUCAUAAAAUGUGAACUAAAAUAUAAUUGGGUCAAGAUUAUGAGCCAAAAACGAAAUGUGUGCUGUUAUGAGACUCUUAGUCCUGUGGAAUAACGAGAUGACCAUCAAUCUCUUCAUAAAAUAAAUAAGUAAUAAUCAAUUUUAUAGUAAUCCACCCGGAGAAAUCUUGAAAUUAUGAAAACACGUGUUCCUCUGGUCGGUGGCCUAUGGGGUUAAGAUCCUGGCUAUAUAAUCACAAUUUCCUGUUUAAAUCCAGCUGCAGACAUGUUGCAUGUCAUCUCAUGGACACAUACUGGUCAUAGUUUAAGCUAUUUUGUUUCCUUAGCAUAUAUUCUUUCAGACUAAGAGAACAUUGAAAAAACCUGUUAAUAUAGGUUUAAACUACACUUUGUCUAUGAACAUCUGUAUAUUUAAAUGUACUAAAAAGGUAAGCAUAAAAUUAAUCUUAUUUCUACAUGUUAAAAACCUGACAUUUCAAAAACCUAUGACGUUUAAUAUAAUACAACAACUAAUUGCUUUCAUAAUUAAUCAGAUAUGUUUUCGAAACAGAAGACAGAACUGCAAUACUACCGGGUACAAAUGUUUGUCAGCAGCUUUAAAAUCAAAACUGCUCCACCUGUUAAAAAUCUGCUCAAAGAUUGUUGGUAAACCCUGUCAGAGACUCUAUGACUCAGCCUAUCAUAACAACCUAGUGAGGCUGUCCAACAACAUCAUCUCUGACCCAAACCAUGUUCUGAACAGUGAAUAUGAACUGCUACCAUCUAAUCGGAGAUACAGGGUCCCACGAUUCAAUAAAGUCAGACUGAAGCACUCCUUUGUGCAUCAGUCAAUCCUCACAGUAAACAGAGCUAAAUCCCAGAUCAAAUGCACGCUAAAGGCUCUUUGAGUAUGUUUUCUCUCACUGAUUGUGCUGUUAUGUUAAAUGUUUGUUGUUUGUGUUUCAUGUAUUGUGUCUGGAUACUUGUCUGUUGAUGUUGGACAUGGAGCUGCUGUGACGCAAGUCAAAUUUCAGACUUGAUCUGACAAAUAAAGUAUUAUCGUAUCGUACCUAUAAUAAUAUGGUGAAAAUAAAUGGAUGGUUUUGGAUAAUCACUAUUUGGCACUUUUAUUGUUCAGACCCACUGUUGGUUCUCGGUCAGUCCAGGAUGCAAAGCCGGAAGAGGAUUUGUUGCUGACAGAUUCAACAGUAUCCUUGGAGACAGAGCCAUGGGGGGCAGCGUAUUAAAAGAUCAACCGGACACUGAGUGUGAAUGUGUUUGUGUAGGUGUGCGAGGCUGAGUAUUGGAUUCCUUCAGUGAAACUAUGGUAACUCCCCCCCUCUCUGUCAUUGUGAUUUUACACCAUAACGUCUUUCCAGUCAUUCCCAAAAAGGUUUUGUAUGACAUGUGUUUUUUUGUAUCCCUCACUAACUCUCCAGUUAACACAGAGACAGGUUUUCACAUGGCAGAUGCUACUAUUAGGGAAAUAUAAGGGAAGUCCAUGAAUUUGCAGGUUGUACAUCCUAGCAAGAGUUUACUUUCUAAAAGUGCACACUAUACUAGGCUAAGUUGUGGGUUUCUGUAAGCCUUUUUCUAAGUAAUUAGACGCAUUCUUACUUCUAUAGUGAAUGUAGAGCAGACAUUACAUGAAGGCAGAGAAAGACGGAUGGCCAUGGUUAGCAUAGGCCUUUAGUAUUACUAAGCUUUCGUGCUAGGGACCAUGCUAACUUGCACCCCUCAUGCAUAUGUAUGACCCAUUCAGUUAAUAAACAAACAAAUGAUUUUUCCUGAUUGAAAUAAGAAAAAGGAUGAUUCCGUAUUUAGCAAGAAAAAAGAUUCCAAGAAAUGUUAUGCAAUAGAAACUUGUUUUUUCUCUUUUUCUGAUAUCUAUCACAUCAAGGCCUCAAAUUCAUUCACAACCCCGUGUGAGGGUCCCGAAUUUCAGGUGAGGAACCAGUGCAACAGGUGGCUCUUCCAGAUUCGUUAUUAUAUUUAAAAGCUUUUUCUUAAAUGUUACUGUUUAGGUUUAAAGAUAUAAUCAAAGAAAUUAGGUAAUGAUGUCAAUUGAUUGAUCUUUGUGAACAACCUGGCAAAACUGCAUUUUAAUCAUUUUAUCUUAGGCUACUGUUGCACCUUUCCCUGGUAUAAUUGGGCAUGUUGUGGAACUCCUUGUAUUUGACAUCGAUUAAUUAUUUGUUUCUGUAAAAAUGAUUAUGUUGGAACCAUUAUACAAAUUAAACAGCUAUAACUCAACAAAUCAGGGAGAUAAAGGUGCUGAGACAAUAGGUUUUACAACCAUGACCGUCAAUGCCAUGGCCGGAUGGCUAAAACAACCCAGAUAGAGAUAGCCUCACAUCACUUACAAGCCUGGAGUUAAAACAUGCAGUUCAAUUCCUUUUUUAUUUUACAAAACCUUUGACAGUGAUGUAUUCAUUUUCAGGUGGUUAGUUGCCAUAAUAAAUAAUAUAAUAUGAACAAAAGUACAAAACGGUACAGUUCCGGUCAGAACUUUCAAAAAUAAAACGUCGUUGAUGAUCCAACCAUCUACAAGCAUAACGUAGCCUACAUUGAUAAGAAAAAUUGUCGCUUUUCUUAGAUUUGUAUAUAAAUGACAACCACAUGUUUAUUUAAAAGUGUGCUGCUCUGUAGAUAGGCCCACGACAUCACAAUAUUAACUUCAAAAUAUAUUAUUUUGACGGCGAAAUCGCCCCACUUCCGCUAUUUUCUCUUCUCCAGCGGCCAGCCGUUCAACUUGACGAAUAUCCAUGGUAACCACAGUAGCUAUACACCAUGUCCGUUAAUCUCACAGACUGAACCGUUACUUUAAACAGCCGGGGAUUUAUGGAGGAAUAAAAACGAAUGAAAAAUAAACUAGAUUGAGUUAGAUAUUUCGUUUUUGAGAGUCAUGAUGCCCUCACAGAGAGCUCGCUAUGGAUGCGAAGCAGCGCGAAACACUAAAUGGAGAAUGGCAGUUCCUCCUGUCCCCUUGUUGAAGCGUGCUGGUGGGGCACCCCAACCUUGGCCCAUUCAGCCCCGCCCUGCGGCACAUGUCCACAGGUCCCACUUCCCCCCUCCUCCUCCCCUCCCUCUCUUCCACACCCGCCAUGCAGAAGAGAGCGCAGAGAGGCCCCAUCUGGUCACCAUCAUACGGCCCUGUAGUCAAAGUACUCUGCGCAAGGUAACAGUCCUGUUGAACCGCAGAGGUGUGGUGUCCUUCGAGCAACUGCUAUUGGAUAUCUCUGAGGCGUUGGGGUUUCCUCGUUGGCACAGAGCCAGAGUCACACGCCUUUACACGACCCACGCACGAGAGGUGAAAGGUAUAUGUGAUUUCUUCCGAGGCGAAGUGGCUUUUCUGGCCCUAGGGAAGGUUCGUCCAGAGCUAAGCGGUGUGCAGGAGGCUCUGGAGGAAUUGUUUCCAGAACAAUCUCAUUACCGGGCUGACGCACUACGGGCCUGGGAGAAAAGACUUCGACCAGCGCCAGAUAAAGCUGCUAAAGCCGACAGUGGAUACAGUGAAGGGACAGACAGCAGUGAGACACACACUGACCAAGAGGCACACCAGGACACAGAUGCACAUCAUGUCAAAAAUCACAAUAACACACACACAAGUACACAGCAUAUAGAUACACACCAGCUCGACAAUUACAACCCAGACGUUCAGAAGUGUCACAAAAAGAAUUCAUGCAGAAAACCAUCUCACCUGCCAAACCACCUGCAGAGACUGCACGUGAGGGGCGAGACCAGAGAGCGGCUGACGUCUGUCAUUGGUCCCUUUAAACACGAUGAAGCUCUUAAAGAAGAGAUACCUUUUCCUACUCUGUGUGAAGAAUGCUUAACAAGAAGAGCUAAACGUCAGGGUCCAGAGCGGCUCACUCCCCUGUCAGGGAGGGUCCCACUUCCUCCUGUGUUGAGGAAGCAAAAAGGAAGUUCUUAUGCAGAUCAGGAAGUUAGAAAGUUGAAUGUUCACAACAGCCCUCCGCCUCCUCAGACAAUCAGCAGAGAAGAGGAGAAGAGCGUUGCCCAAUUAGUCUCAAAUCAACUCCCAGAUGAGGAUCAAAUACACAAGGACAUACAGUGGAGGCCGACCUUUGACCUUUCAUCAGACGGAAGUGAUGUCAAUCUGGCAGAUAUCGAGCGUUGCUAUGAAAUUGGACGUGCCGUUGGAGAUGGUAACUUCGCUGUAGUGCGAGAGUGCCGCCGCCGUGACAAUGGACAAAUCCUUGCUGUGAAGAUUGUUGAACGCUCUAAGCUGAUUGGUCGAGAGCACAUGAUGCAGAACGAGCUGAGCCUUCUGGGUAGCCUCCGUCACCCUCGCAUAAUACGGCUGUUUGCGCACCACCACACGCACACUCACUCGUACCUGUUGAUGGAGAUGGUGAGCGGGGGGGAUCUGUUUGAGGCCAUCAGUGAGAGGGGGACAUUUCCAGAGGCCGAAACAGGACUGAUGGUGUCAGACGUGAGCGGAGCACUGAACUACAUCCACUGCAAGAGCAUCGUCCACCGAGACCUCAAACCAGAAAACCUUCUGAUAGAGCGUGUGGCUUCUGGCAUCUGUAGGCUGAAGCUGGGAGACUUUGGUCUCGCCAUGGUUGUGACUGAACCAGUGUUCACCAUAUGUGGCACACCCACGUAUGUAGCCCCAGAGAUCCUCUGUGAGACAGGUUAUGGUGUUGCAGUGGAUGUUUGGGCUCUGGGUGUUAUCCUCUACGUCCUGCUGUGUGGAUUUCCCCCAUUUCGCAGUCGGGAUCGAGACCAGGAAGAGUUGUUCCAGCUGAUAAAACAGGGACAACUCCACUUCCUGCCCCCCUACUGGGACCCCAUCUCAGAAGAAGCCAAAGGCCUUGUCCGAGCUCUGCUUCAGCCAGACCCCGCAGUGAGGCUGACAGCCGAGCAGACCCUGCUGCACCCCUGGGUGAAGACUAUGGCUUCAGGUUGCAGGCAGAGGGCGCUCAUAGACAAAACUCAGAGGGACACAACAGAUGCUGGAGCAGAACCAGACAAGCCCAGACAAGUCCAGAGACAAGCCCAGACCAAUGCAGCAGAAACAAUGACACAGAGAGGACACAUCAGCAGCGGGGGAGAAGCCACACAUACAGAGUUCAGCAGGCAUGAUGAUAAACAAACAGAGAUAAGAUUGGGAGGAGGCCUUGAUGAAGACAAAACGCCACGGCAACCAUCAAAAAAGACAAGUACAGUUUACACCAUAUCUCCACAGAUACAAGCGCACACACUUCCAGAGGCCACACCUGGUGAACAGAAACCAGACUCUGGCUCUUCUAGCACACCAGAAACACAGGAUCCAUUGGAAUCUCCGUCUCCAGUUAGCACCAGUGUUGACUUAAACCAGCUCGAUGCCCCUCGCCGAGCCCAAGAUAAGCUUUCAUCCCAUAUAAAGACACCCUCUAAACAAAACCAACAGUAUUCACCUCCAUGUUCACCACCUUCCACCAAAACAGCUCCACAAACUCCCACCGGUCUUUCAACCCAUCCCCACCCAUCCUCCGAUCCAGCAGCGGUGUCUCACUCUCUACAUCAGCAGAACUUCACCUCUUCAAUGCACAACCCCACCACAGCCAGCGCACACCACCCAGCUGAAAACUAUGACAAACCGAUUGUUCGCACCACCAACACCCAGCCAGCCGCGCAGUCUGGGCCUCAAUGUCAAUCUCCUGCUUAACCAUGUGAUUAGAUCAGGAUCAUCACUUUCAUUGUGCCGGACAAUACCGCUGAUUUCCUGGCAGCUGAAUCCUUGAAUGACCUGCAGAUGAUGUGAUUUACUCUGCUGGGAUUAAUGAGGGUCUGAUUGACGAGGCUAGAUAAACGUUAUAAAUGUGUGUCCUGCAAUCAUAGAUGAUGAGACUUUGUUUUAACUUUGAUUUAAAACUUUUGCAGUUUGUCAUUGUUGCUAAAGUUGUGUUGUAACCAUGAACCUACUUUGUAGUACAUGUCUGUAGUGUUUGUGUUUUGGUUGUUACAUUUAACCUUCCUGAAAGCCAUAUUUAACUUUGAGGAUCUGAUAUGUUAUCGUGUCUGCCAGUCCUAGUGGAAGCUAUUUUUAAAUUGCUUGUGUUUGGACACUAACCCAUCCCCUUCAAGUCAAUUCCUAGAAAUCUGUGAUGGGAUAGUUUAUCUAGCAACAUUUAUUUACUAUACCAUCAUAAACUAAAAGUAUUUGUAUAGAAAACUUUUCAUCUUAGUCCUGGUAAAAGUUUGCCAUAUUUACUAAACUCUUAAAUGCCAUCUUUCUGACUGUUUAUUUUUCGUGUUUUGUACUGGUUUGUUUGACAACAAACUGAUCUAAAUGGAUAUUCCUAGCACUGUAACCAUGUGAUGAUUAACAGCCAGUACAUUAGCAAGCUUUGGCAAUAUGUUGACAAAUGUGUGGUAAGAUCCAGUGUAGUCAUUGGAGGACAGUAUAUGAUAACAUCUAGAGGCUGAACUGCAUGCAUAGCUGAGCUCCACAGCCAAAUAAGGCUUAUCUGUCUGUCCAAUGGGAGUGGUUAGUCUUAUUCCUCCCAAAUGUAGACAGCUGACACUUUGACAUCCUGCCCCACCUAAGGACUAACCCAAAGGACACACACACAGCCCCCCACCCUGUACACAAAUGUGCCCCUCCCAGUCCCUGAGGCUGCUAAGCCACAUAUCUGUGGCACUAAAGGGAUGAAUACGCUUAUAAAUGUUUGACCUAG